AUGGUGCAAAUUUCAAAAUCAGACGAAUUUCUUCAGAAAGCUAACGAAAACCAACCCGACAUUUGCAAUGAUGCCAAUGUGCAGGCUCAUGCCAAAGAUGAUAAAGAAGCGCUGAAAUUGUGUAAAAAGAAAUUACCGUAUCGUGUUGUAAAAGCUUCUAAAGCGAGCGAUGUCCUUAUAAAAUGCACUAUUCAGGCCGAGAAAAAAUGUCUAGAAGGAUGGUACCAAAUUCGCGACAAAUGCUAUCAAAUAACUGCAAAGAAUGUGGCGUACAGCUAUGAGGAAGCAAACAAAUUGUGCAAAAGUGUCAACGGCGAAAUUGCAAAAUUGACGUAUUCACAGCUUGUUAAUCAUUUCAACCUCAUUUUCGGAUCAUUGUCCCAUAUUUGGGUUUAUAUUGAAACUGAUAUCACAAAAAGGAGGAAAGGAUUCGAGAAUCAAAUUUUGUACGGGUUCGCUAUUGGAAAAUACUUGCCGUAUGGUACGACUGUGCUAGAAGAUGUCAAAUCAGUAGCACAAGUUAUUUGCGAAUAUAAUCCAGCAGAGACCGUGCCAAGUUUGCAAGCAAAAUUGUCCCGCAUUGCACAAUUUUACUAUGAAGGAAGUGUUUUCGACAAAAAACUCGUGGUCCAAUCUGUUAACAAAUAUAUGUACAAUCCUUCUGAUAAUAUGGCAAAACUCGAGAAAAAGUGUAAAAGCAUUUUGAACGCGUUUUUCGUUGGACCUGGCCACGGAUCAUUCUACCAAAACAUUCGAGAUAUAACUGAAAAAGUCACGUCUCCGUUAACCGAUCAUACGAAAAUGAUAUUAAGUACAAUGAGAAUGAAUCGAAAUGAGAGAAAGUUCUGUUAUCUUGUUAGCGGAAAAGAAGAAUGUAUGACGAUUGGUGAACCAGAACUUCUUAACAAUGUUCUCUUCGAUGCUACAACACCAACCCAAUUUUGCACAAUUGCUAAUAGACAAAAUGGCAAAAUUCUCGGGGUCGAUUUUGUGAAUAAAUCGAGCAUGAUGUGUUAUGAAUUUAUGGGAUUAAGGGCCCCAAUGUAUUGCCAAUCAAGCACACACGUUUAUAUGGGAACAUGGAUUGGCACCAAACUCGAAGUUAAACUUCAUUUCUUACCAUUGGUGCUCUGGAGAGCCAAACGAUUUGAAUGA